AUGUACGCGAAAAGCAGACGCGAGUCAUCGCUGUUGCGAUCCAUAUCAUUGGAGAGGCAGGAGAGGAUAAUGCGCUUCAUUGAUAAUGCAAAGAUCAUCCGGGGCACCUACGACACCAAGGCAAUGCUGAUGGGCGGUGACAAUGCCAUCCGACUAAAGGCCGAGGUGGACAUUGACGGUCGCGAGUUGACUCGUAGGUACCUGGAAACCAUGCCGCUAGGCACGCUUUUGGCGGAAAUCCAAGCCAUCAAUACGGAGGAGCAGCUGAUACAUUUCAUGCUGGACCAUGGGGACCAACUGGUAAAUACCCUUGGUGCUGAGAUAAACCAAAUUGAAGAUAGUCUAAAGGGCUAUCGCGAACGUAAAGUAAUAAGUCGUGCCAGCUCGGAAGAUACAGCAAGGGACAGCCUCCCCAUGGAGAAGACUCAUCAGCACCAUCACACCUCAUCUCACAAGGUCUUUUCACGGCUGCGCAAGAAGUAUUGCUCUGGCACCUGCCUCAAGUUUGUCUACCUAGCCUGUGCGACGCUGGUAUCAGCCAGCGUCAUUAUUGAAUGCAUCCUUGCGCAUCUCGUCAUCACCCCCUACAUCUCUGAGUCUGUCUUUGAGUCAGGCGUCUGCUUCCUUUACUACACUGCCACCGGCAAGCGGGUGAAGUGUGAGAACAAGUGCUCCAAGGACCGCUCUGCCUUCCCAUGUGCAAACGUCCAAGUCAUCUACAUUCCAGCUCCCCGGGCCCAGGAGAAUCAUAUUCCUGGGAUCAUCGAGGCCAUUCGAUAUCGAAAUCCCACUGUCAGGCAGUACCUCGAGGUAAGGCAGGCUCGACUUCUCUACCUCUACGACUACUUCAGCACCUAUGCUGCCUACAAGGCUGACAAAUGCUCUACAAGUCCCUGCAACCGUCGUGAAGCAGACAACGUGGAAACUGUGGAUCAAUACCUGCGCGAGCUCCACGCAACUGGGCUGAUGCCCUGCUACGCACUUCCCAUGCGGGCAGAGUUCUCAAAGGAGAUGCACAACUGGCGGGGUCGCUUCAAUUCAUUGACGAUGCCCGUAAAGAUAAUAGGAUCGCCAGAAUCUAGGCGUGAGGAGGAGAGUGAGGUGGAGGCCGGCAUUGACAACUUUCACAUUCUGCCGGCUGCUAACGAACCCACCUUCCUCCCUCUGCUGACCAUAGAGUGGCUGCGUGAGGGUUCGAACCUCUCGAAGGCAGAGGUGGGUUCCUCGCGCCGCCUUCUUCACUUUCCGCCGCCAGCACAAGGCGAGCUGAGUGCUGCAGCACUGAUGCACCGCCUUUACCCCGACACCCUCCUCUUCCACUCCCUUUUCUGGCCCCUCGCCAUCAUCCUCUGCGGCCUUCUUCUCAUUGCCCUUGCUUACGCUGUCGACGGUUGCAAGGCCAAACCUACAACAAUUAAAGCUGCUAUCGCAGAUUGGGAGGCAAAAACGAACCAAAAGGCGAGCGAAGCAACUGAAGUCAAACUCUACGCCCAAUUCCCGCCAAUAGAAAAAAUGGAUGCGGGAUUAUCUGUGCUGUCCAAAUGCGAAAGAUUGUCGCUUUCAUCAAACGCUAUUGAAAAAAUAUCGAACCUACAUUCUCUAACUAGAAAUAACAUAAAAAAUAUAUCCGGGUUGGAACCACUCGGAGAGACUCUUGAGGAACUAUGGAUAUCCUACAAUUUGAUUGAAAAGCUUAAGGGUCUCGGUUCUCUGAAGAAAUUACGUGUACUUUACAUGUCAAAUAACAAGGUCAAAGAUUGGGUUGAACUGCUCAAGCUAAACGAACUUCCAUCUCUUGCUGACCUCGUCUUCGUCGGAAAUCCACUGGAAGAACACAACCAAGAGACAUUUAGAGAUGAAGUUAUGAAGAAACUACCUAAGAUAAAGAAACUAGAUGGCAUUCCCUUCGUGCGAGACGACGCCGAGGAGGAGACUUGA